AUGAUCCACGAGCUGAUCGCGGCGGGACAGGGCGAGCGCGUCCAGCAAGCGACGACGGACAGGACCGAUCAGGCUUGGGAACGCUACUACAAUUCCGUUUUUGAUGGGGUGAUGGACCUGCCGUUGAGGAGCUUUCCGUCGCCGAUCCCGCUAACACCUGAGGUCUUGAAAGAGCUUAUCGCCGGCGACCCGAGUACUUCGGCCGUUCAAGAGCUAAAGCGACUCGAAGAGCCUUUGCAGGGCCCGACGGCCAGUGGCGGCGAAGCGCCUAUCGAGGAGCUUAUCGAUUGCUGGACGACAGGUGGUCCGCCGGCGUUCGCGGCGGAAGAGUUCGACGAAUUGCGAGCGUUGCCGGCGGUGUCUUUCCUUGUGCGGGUGUUCGUGCCGUGCAUGAUUCGGCAUCAGGCCACGCCACAGCAACUCUAUGGCGCAGCGACGGCGAUCUCGGGGCUGAACCUCGACGCACUCGCCAAACUCGCAGAGAACGACCCCGAGGUGAUUCACUUGCCCGCUGCGCGUGCGGUGCUCCACGCCGGCGGUCCGGCGAGAGCCCACGCGAGCUUCGAGAUCGUGUAUCCGGCGAUGGAACGCGUCCAUAGCGCCCCUACCUUGGCCGUGACAAAGCGCUGGAUUGCAUCGGGCCUCUACCAUGUCGCCAAGCGCUUCGGUGAACCGCUGACCGCGCCGCAAGUGAGAGAGUUUUUUGAUAUCGCAGCCAUCAGCCGCGAUCCCGAUGUGCUCGUCGAUGCCGACUUCGGGAGCGUGCAGAAAGACUCGUUCGCCAGAAUGCUGCGCAGAGACGGCAAGCAUUGGGAGUGGCUGCUAGCGGAGCGAGGAGCGGCGGCCGCCGGGUCGAGCGAGUUCCGUCGCGCCGAGAGUGAGAGAUCAUCCCCAGGCACGCCAGAAGCAGAGCCUACCCGGCGCAGCGAAGAACACAGAGUAGAGGUGGUGGGUCAGGGGUCUGGGGAGACGGCGGGGGGCUCCCCAGCUACCGCCAAAGGCGACAGUAACCACGCGCAGCGAUCCGCAGACGAUGCAGCGCUAGCGUUCGACCCGGCAAUCCUCAACGGAGGGGGUGGUCUCAGUAACACACCCCCUCAGAAAACCACACUGGGUGGAGAAGAUUACCUAACCGUUAAUUUCUAUCUGGAGUAUGAAAGCUUUGGCGGCAUCCGAGAGCAGCUAGAGAGAGCACGCGAGGCCGCUCUCCGAGGCAGCGACGCUAACACACUCCAAUUGGGUGAUGUCGUCGGCCUGGUGUCGCCCGGUGGCGCAAAGGUCGGGGCAGGAGACAAGGGGUUCUAUGUGCCCUACCAAGUGCGGACGGAUCACGGCGUCAAGCUACUGAUCGCGGACCGUGCGACUCCCCACCGUACCCACCCGAGUGUCCAGAUCAACGCGCCCUCGGUGCCGAUGAUGCGACUGGGCUUCGCGGGUGUCUGGGGUCUCUUUCACUACCUCAUCGAACAGCUAGGCGCGACGAUCGUGGCCAACAAGCUUUCGAGAGUCGAUCCAUGCCUCGACUUGCCCGGGACACCGGUGACGAUGUUCACGGAGCCCUACGACAACGGUUGGUUGGUGACGCGCGCCAAGAGUCGUAGUCGGCAUCAAGGGCUUCUUCCGGCGACAAGUUACGCAUCCGGUCAGAGAGACACGGGCUUCUGCGUGGGCAAGUCCCCGUUGCUGCCACGCAUCUACGACAAGCUCCUCGAUGCGAUGAAAGACCCGGUCAAGAUGGAAAUCAUGGCGACCUCCAGGUGGUUGGGCAUUCCCGACGUCGCCACCCGCAUCGAGUUCCAACUGGGGAGAGGGCGGCUCAAGAAGCUGGGCGUCGACACGGUCGAAGACUGGAUCGCGAAGCGCGCCGACGUCGUUCAAUACCUCACCGCAAGUUGGUUCCGGCUGACCAGUGGCCCGGUCGAUCGACGCCACUCCGAUCGAACGCCUACCCAUCCGGCAUGGGAAGCGGCGGCUACGCUGUUUGCGGAGUGCUACGGCGCUCCCGUCGGGGCGGACCUCUCGCCGCUACCGACGUUGGCCAUCGAUCCCUCUCAGCGACUCAAUGUGGCAGUCGGUGUGCUGAAGACAGCCAUCGUGGAGUUUGGCUAUCCGAUAGCAACCAAUCAUGACUUCUUGGCCGUCGCAACCGACCUGAUCGCGGCGAUCAUCGCGGAUCGCAACAUGGCCGAGGAGAUCGUUCGACGGACCAUUGAGAAAGGACUGGGAGGGAUGGGGCUCGGAUGA